GAAAUAGAACAGGAAUGAUGAACCAUAAAUUGCAGCGAAAAAAGACGAGCAUGCUCUUAAAUGUCCGAUCAGGGGUGAAUUCAAUCAUCUCAUACUGUUUACACACACUUCACAAACAAAAUUGAAGUCUAGAGAGAGUCUUUUUAGAAAUUAGCAGACACAGUAUCUGCUUGGGACGAUUUAUUUCUAAUAGUUCUAACGAAGAAAUUUCAGGAUCAUUCCUCCCUGCGUUCGAUUUUUCGUUCUGUUUACCGUGGUUGGCAUGGUCACAGGAUCCACACAGAUGACAAGUUCCAGUCCGUGAACUAGGUCUGACGUUCUGAAAAGUCGAGAAUUUGCGACAGUUUGUUUUCUGAACUUCCGAAGUGUACGCGACUGUGUUGACGUGAGAAAAGAUGGCAACGCUCUCAAAAGAAGACGUGAGAAGUUCUGAGCGUAACAUGAAGCAGAGUCAGGGAGGAGAAGCAGCAACCUCCUUUAGCCAGUGGAAUCUACAGUACCAACUGGUGGUAGCGGAUAGGAAUCUGGCAAUCUGUGAACUUGAACAGGAAAAGAACAGGAGUGCACAGAAGGACCAAGAAAUCAUGGACUUAAAGAUGCAGGUGGAGAUGCUGAAAGCAGGAGGGGUCUGCUGCCAGGAUACUGCAGAAGCAAAGGAACUAUAUGAGUUCCAGAUCCUAGAGCUGGAGUUCUUGCUGGAGGAACAGAAGAAGGAGCUCUCUGAGUCCCGUGCAGACCUUGAAAUUGGAGAUAAAACCAGAGGCCACAUCUCACUUGAGGAGGCAGAAGCGAUGGCAUACAGGAUCACAGAGCUGGAGGCCCUGUUGGAGAAACAGAGGAAUGAAAAUGAUGUGCUCACAGCCAGGCUACAACUGAUGCUGUCUGAUGACACGGUAGAGCAAGAGAACUCUUUCCUGCAUGAGUGCUUCCUGGCCCGCUGUGCUUCACUCACCGAUGAUGAGGAAGAGAGGCAGACAGCUUACAUAGAACAAGACGGCCCUUUCCUGCCCGAGUGCUUCCUGGCCCACACUGCUUCGCACAGCAAUGACGAGGAGGGAGACAAACUUGACAUGAACGUUACCCAGAUCAACAACGUGAGCCCACGAGAGAAGAGUAGGAGAUUUGUGAAAUUAUUUAGGAGUAUGCUCUGCUGUUACAGCAGAAGUGUUGAAGAGGAAAGAACGUAAUAGUCUAUAAUAUAUAUUUGUAUGUCAUUUUAACGAUAGUAUGACCUACUGGACAACAGUGGAGCCUUGCCAGGGGUCAUGUUGUUUCACCACCACUUACAUCAGCAGCAACAAGGACAUUACUGUCUACCAGCAGCUGUGAACUGUUCCAAUGCUCUAUAAUGAAUUGUGUAUGAUCUGAAAGCCAAAUAUAUGCUGUCAAAGGGAUAGUAUGAUAAUAUAUUCCAAUGUGUUUUCCAGAGGUCUUAUUUGUAAACAAUGAGAGAUCUGACAAGACUUUUAUCAAGAAAUGAAAAAUAUGUAUUAUUUUGUAUGGCCAAUUUUAUCAAACAUUUUUAACAUGAGAGAUGCUCUAAUUUCGUCAAGCAAAUUUAUGUGAUAUUGUCUGUCAAUGGCUGUGAAGGAGACAUGCAGUCUGACAAUACAUGUGUGUAGUGUGUACAAGGCUGUGCUGUAUUCCUUGUUCUCAGCUUCAUGACUGGUACAAUUCUGACUAGUGUUUAUCAUAUUUGAUAUAAAAAGCUAUUUUCUCUGGAGGUGCCUUAAAUGAAACAAAAUGCGUCGGACUGCUGAAGUGUAUUAGGAGCAAAAAAAAAGAGGAAAAAGGCCAAGAGAGUCUGCUAUGGAGGCUAGGUUUUUUUGCACCUUGCCUAAAGUACCUCAGCCUGCCAAAAACAAAGCAAAUUCAUGAACCCCACAGCUGUUUGACUUAUUCCCUUACAAAGCUAGCAACAAAAAUACCUGCAGAAGUUUCAAACUUACACCACUGACUCUCAGUCCCAGGAGCUAUCCACUUCUCAAAAAUAAGGAACCUAGUGCUUCCAGAAAAUUUACCCUCAUAAUCCGAACCUCCACUG